AUGGUCGCCACGGCAGAAGAAGACAGCCAUACUCAGGGGAAGUUCCCCAUAGUGAAGGCAGCAGUGACCUUCUUGGGGUUCAACAGCGACUCCUCUUGUCUUUGUGUCGGCACCACAGCAGGAUUCCUGGUGUGGAGUGUACGACCCCUUAGGUGUAUGUACACAUGCGUUUGUGGUCCGGUGACCAUUGUCGAAAUGCUGCUGAGCACGAGCCUUGUUGCAGCUGUCGAAGUGGAAAGCAGCAGCAGCCGCCGCAUGCUUCGACUGUAUAACUGUAAACCCUCAGUUACUGCUUCCAGCAGCGCGAGCAGCAAUGAUAGCCCCAGCAGCAAUAACAGCAGUUUGAUCGCUUGCGUGGUGCAACCCUACGCAAUCUGCGGCGUUAAGAUAACCCCCGCGAGAUUGGUAGUUCUAAAUGAAAAGCACAUAUCCAUAUUUGUAUUGCAGUCUCUGACUCUGCUGCGCACACUGGAGAGGCAUCCCUUGCUGCCGCAGCAGCCGCGGGGAUUUUUUGUUUCGGCUGGCACUGCUGCAGUGGCUGCAGUUGCUGCAGCCGCUGCUGGAGGAACGGACGCCCUGCCACCAGACUCCUGGGUCGGUGAAACAGCUGCAUCAGACGGAAAGGCACAUGCUGCUGCAGCUGCGGCCGACGCUACGCAGGCAGUAAUGGCCGUGGGUUGGAGCCCUCAGCAUAGUUACCUCGCCCUUCCCGCAGGACCACAGGGAGGAAGUGCUGGCGUCCUUUGCCUUUUCGACCUUUUGAACGCGCGGUUCGCUGCCUGGAGAUGCACACAUGAGGCUCCAUUGAGGUCUAUUGCGUUUUCUGCGUCGGCUUCACUUGUUGCUGCUAUCUCUUCUAAGGGCUCCGUUGUCCGCAUUCUCUCAGUUCCUUCCUUGGAACUUCUGCUGUCUCUGCACCUGCACCAUCCCCAGAUGCUGUUACAGGGGACGAAGCACCUCUCGAUGCACGCGGCUGACCCGAGAAGCAGCAGCAGCAGCAGCACUAGUCAAUCUUCACAAGCGCCAACUGCCGCGGCUGCUUCUGAGCUGCCCAGCAAAGGUAAAGGUCAGCGGAAGAAGGCAGAAAAGCUUGAAGAAACAGAUGCAGAAGCAGUAUUGACAUCAGGAGCAACGGAAGCACCAGCAGGAGCUCCGCAGCAACAGCAGCAGCAAACCAAACAGGCAAAAGGCAAGAAACAAAAGCAGAAAAAGGCAGGAUGCGUAGGGAGCACCACUCAAAGUUCAAGUGAAGGCACUGCUGGCGUGGCGCCAGAUAUUGUGGAGUCUGCAGCAACACCUACAGCCUCUGCUGUUGGUGCCUCUGCUUCACCUGGUUCUUUUGGCUCCGUUGCCAAAGAUGGUGUACGCAACGUGGAUUAUGCAGCAAGCAGCAUCAGCAUCCGAGCGUCAGCAAAGGGAAGGACGUCUAAGCAGAAACAGAGGCAGCUGCAGCAGCAACAGCAACAGGAACAGCCACCAACGAAUCCGCCUAGUUUGCCGAAUGUCAGUGAGCAGUCGCUGCAUCCCAGUGUGGCUAGCAACAGCAACAGCAGCAACUCUUGCGCGGAAGAGCGCACCACAAAGGUUUCGAGCGAGACUACGAGCACUGCCGGACGCUGUUCCUUGGACCAUGGCAGCAAACCAUCUCGCAGCUGCAGAACUGAGAGCCCCAGCCGUUGCAAGAAAGAAGAGGGCCAAGGUGAUAGUGCUGAGGGGAUCAGCAGUAAAAGCGGUGCUGCUGAUGACCAUUGUAGCAAAGCUCGCACCAGCAGCAAGAAGAGUAAACACACGAAGAAGAACACGAUGGAAGAAUCCACAGUAUCGAAGGCGACCAGAGGCAAGGUAGAUGGGGUAGCGACAAGAGCUGAAGCUUCCACAGCAACACCAGAAGCAGCAGAAACAGUCGUGGCACCGGGCCCGGCUACAACAGCCUCAGCAGCUGCUGACACACGGAAGCUGUCUUCUAAGCGGCAGCAGAAAAAGGAGCAAAGAGAGCUGAAGGAAGCAAAGCUGCAGCAGAGGCAGCAGGCUACUGCUGCACAAUCAGCUAAUAAUAUGGAGCAAGAAACACAUCAGCAAGAAAGCAUUGAGCUAGCCGAAAGCAAGAGACAACAGAGAAAUCAGGAAGUAGGGCAACAACACCAGCAGCAAGAAGAAAACAAAGAUCUCGCUCACACAGAAAAUGUUUCAAUUGCUGAAGAUGCAGUUGCGGAAACAGCUGAAGAUACUUCUCAAGAUCUUCCAUCUCAACAGCAGCAGACUCUACUGCUGCCUGUAGCAGCUCUACAUCUCAGAAAAUUAGCUUCUCAUUCGUCUUGCUCACUUAAAAAGGGGGCAGUCGAAGCUUCAGGAAUCAGGCGUGCUGGCAGCGUGUCGCUUGGGCCAAAGGAAAUUCUGGAACCCAGAGACAGCCGCUCCGCUCCGGGGCAUGUGCCCACUGCUGUGGCUGAUGUAGGUGAUCACAAUGGCCACGAGCUAUGUGAUGUUGAAGCCGCACCAUCGGGAAAAGCAACAUCAGCCGAAGCGGAGGCAGAAAAAGCGGAAGGCAGUGCGACAACUGCUGCAGGCCGCGACACAGACGAGGAUGGAUGGGUAUUGUGUGGAACCCCUGGGCUUUCCGCGCCUGGGGCCAGCAGACAAGGGUCUGGGGAGUAUCAGCGGCAACGAGAAGAAGACGAAAGAAACAACAGCGGCGACAGUUCAAAACUAUCUGCAGAUUGGAAUCACGUGGAGACACCGGGAGCUUUCACUCCUUCAGGCUGCAGCAGUCCGUAUAGCCGGAGCAGCAGCAACAGCUACAGCAGCCGAGCAGCUGCAGAAGCAGCUCCCUCGCUUUUUAGCCAGAACCCACCAGCAGCAGGAACAUCCAAUGUAGCAUCAGCAGCAGCAGCAUUUGUAGAUAAUGAAGUGCCCGAGCCUCUCGACGGUAGCUCGGUGGAUAGACACAACAUGCAGAUGAUUGCCGAGUCACUGGAAAAGUUUUGUGGAACGACCGAGGGUGCUAAGCACAACAGCAGCCAGCAGCAGCAGCAAAUGCUUCUACCGCCGCCAACUUGGCUUACUACUUCUGAAAACUAUCCCGGUGAAACCACUAUGAAGGACCAAAGCUCUUCAGGCACGCAGCAGCAGCGGCAGCACCAAGACCAAGAUGCAACGGGCGACUAUCGACAGCAGUGCUGUAUUGUCUUAACAGGGGAAGCUGCAUGCGGCGCAUUACAGAAAGGAGCUGGCGACCUCCGCAGAUUCUCUCUUGCCUUCUCAGGCUGCAGCCGUAUCUUUACAGUUUCGAAGGGUGAUGGUUUGGUCUUCGUAUUCGUCUUGCCCUGGUCGCCAGAAGAAAUGCAGAAACACUCGAAGUGUGGGGUGGCCGUGCAGCAGCAGUUAUUGCGAACCCUUAUGCACAGCCCAACUGGAGGCAGCAGUGGAAGCACUGCCCCUGUAGCUCCAGCGGACGCAGCUGUCACUGCUGCAGCAGCCCCAGCCGCAGCACCUGCCACUGCCAUUCCGACGCCACCCGUACGUGGUGCUGGCAGCAACAGCAGCAAGCUAUCAAGCAUUACUGGGGCUGCUGCUUCUGCUUUGGCUUCAGUCACGUCUAUGCUUCUCCCGGCCUCCAUCAGUGAGCGUCUGCUGCAUGCGCGGAGCUGCGACUGCUGCAUAUCUCUUCCAUCGACUGCCGAGGGGUGUGUCGCGUGCGUAGCCCCUUCUGGCCUACUUCCCGGCGAUGAAUUUGAAGUGAGGUCCCGAGAGAUCAUACGGUGA